GUGCGAGAUGAAGAGGAACGGAACGGUAAAAACCACUUCAACCUCCAUUACGCUUUUGUCGCUGGCUGACCGAUCGAACGAACACACGCAUUACCCUACUAGUGGGCGGAAAAGCGUUACCUAUUCGCGUUAGUUGUGAUUUAGGCACGCAACAGAACGAAUGUAUAGUGAAAAUCGCUUCUCUCUUGGUGCUUGUUAGAUACUGUAGUUAUUUUAUGUACAUCACAGAACGUAAAUAGCAAAAACAAAAGCUAAGCCAUUGGUUUUAAAACUUGAAGAAGUGAUAAAUUGUGAUUAAUUUACGAGUGAAUGAGGAAAAUAUGCGUUAUAGAGAAGGUUAUUUCAAUACAAUGACACUUAACUGGUGGUGUACUAGAAAUGUGCUGUGCUUUGUACUGUUCUGCGGACUUUUCACGUGGCUUAGCAAUGCUCACAAAAUCGAGGAAAGUGAAACUUCCGGAAGCAACACUGUAGCCCGCUCGAUACCCGUCCCAUACCAAGAUCCAACGCACAAUCCCGCACCAUCGGCGGAAACGACAGCCGCACUGAAGGAAUCGAAAGCUCUGUACCGGGUGAGCUGUCCCGGUCUUAGCGAGUGUGUCCCGUUGGCCGAAUGUUCCGAGCUGCUGCUGGAAAUAUCGCGCCAAUGUUACCGGGGUGACUUUUCCCUUUCGUGCGGUGUGAAUGAGUUCGAACCACAUGUCUGCUGUCCCCGCGUAACGUCUCCCACGUUCAACGAUCAGCGUCCGACGGCGGCGUGCGGGAAGAGCAUCGUUCAAGGCGACUUCUACAACGGACUAGGGGCGUACCCGUUCGUGGCACGCAUUGGAUUCAAAAAUACGAAAACGGGGACGUUUAUCUUUCCCUGCUCUGGAUCGAUCAUAGCACGUCAGAUUGUUCUCACAUCGGCUCACUGUGCCCUGGCCAAGGCCGAUAGUCACCGGCUUUCCUCCGUCCGUGUGGGCGACUACGAUACGCGUACCGAUCCGGAUUGCGGAAGUACCGGAUUUUGUGCACCGGUAGCGAUCAACCAUGCCGUCAGCCAGAUCAUUGUCCAUCCGGAUUACAUCGAGGGUCAGUACCAUCAUGACAUUGCGCUGCUAAUACUGCGUACGCCCAUCAACUACACCGUCGCUGCCCAACCGAUAUGUCUUCAUUCUCGCAAGCAGGAUCUUACCGUGGGUCGUCGUGUACAGAUUAUUGGCUGGGGUAAGCUUUCGACCAUUGCCACAAAAUCGCCCGAGCUGCAAACUCUUGAGGUGCCACUAACGUCGUGGGAUAAGUGUGUCCGUGCUUACGCUUCAACCGGUGCGCUACAGUCCCCACAGUCGAUCGAUGGCGAGUGGAUGUGUGCCGGUGGAGAGGGACGGGAUGCAUGCCAUGGGUUCGGUGGGGCACCGCUGAUCAUUCGUGACCAGGGACGGUAUGCACAGAUCGGUAUAAUGUCCUUCGGAGCGGAAACGUGCGGUGCACUUAACAUGCCGAGCGUUUACACGUCGAUCGCUCACUAUGCGCCCUGGAUUGAGGCAAACUCGCCGAAAGCAUUCGUAUGAGCUGCCGCAGCACCAGCUACACUGUUUUGUACAUACUUAAGAACAAAUCACGAGAGAGGAGAGUUUGGUUUUCAUGUUAAACACUGUGCCUUCCCAUGUUUUUGUUGCUGUGGUUCUGUUGCACAAAGGAAACAAUUUGUUUGAAUAAAGUACAAGAGCGUUUUUGUAAAACUUAAACU